AUGGUAACUCUGAGUGCCCCAAAAGAGGAGGGCGGCCAAUCCAAACAGCCUUUUGUCGCUGCAGAGUUCGUUCUGGUGCCACCUCACCCACCGGUCACGUGGGCGGCGGGGCCGGGGCCGGGGCCGGCGCAGGCUGAGGCGGCAGCAGCGAUGGCGGCCGCGCUGCGCGGGCUCGGCCUCCUGCGCGCCCGCCUCGGGCUCCCGCCCGCGGCUCCCGCCACCCCCGCCGGCCUCGCCCGCGCCGCGCACCGCGCUCCGGACCUGCGGGCGGGAGGAGGAGGCGCCGCCGCCGCCGCCGCUCGCCCCGCGGCCGGGAGGAGCUACGGCUCGCAGGCGAAGGAAGAGGAGGAGCUGCGCGUCCGCUACCUGGAUGAUGAGCACAAAGGAAUUGUGGUGCUUGGAUUAAACAGAUCUCAUGCCAAGAAUGCACUUAGCAAAAAUCUUGUAAAAAUGAUGUCAAAAGCUGUGGAUGCUUUGAAAUCUGAUAAGAAAGUACGAACUGUUAUAUUCCGGAGUGAAGUCCCAGGGAUAUUCUGUGCUGGUGCUGACCUUAAAGAAAGGGCAAAAAUGCACUCAAGUGAAGUUAGUUCUUUUGUCUCCAGAGCGAGAGCAACUAUUAAUGAAUUGGCCAAUCUGCCUGUACCUACUAUUGCUGCAAUAGAUGGAACUGCCUUAGGUGGUGGCCUAGAACUUGCAUUAGCCUGUGAUAUACGGGUGGCAGCCUCUUCUGCUAAAAUGGGCCUAGUUGAAACGAAGUUGGCAAUCAUUCCAGGUGCAGGGGGGACACAGAGAUUACCUCGCACAAUUGGAGUGUCGCUGGCAAAAGAACUAAUCUUCUCUGCACGUGUUGUAGAUGGUGAGGAAGCAAAAUCAAUAGGAUUGAUUAGCCACGUGGUGGAACAGAAUGAAGCAGGGGAUGCUGCAUACAAAAGAGCAUUAGCUCUGGCAAAAGAAUUCUUACCUCAGGGACCAGUAGCAAUGAGAGUUGCAAAACUGGCUAUCAAUCAGGGAAUGGAGGUCGACUUAGUAACAGGUUUAGCAAUUGAAGAAGCUUGUUAUGCUCAGACUAUUCCAACAAAAGAUAGAAUUGAAGGUCUUCUUGCGUUUAAGGAGAAGAGACCUCCUCGCUACAAGGGAGAAUAAAAGAAUCUGAUGCCUUUAAAAUACAGGGGGAUAAAUGUACUUCUAUGAGGACCAUUAAGGUGCACUUUGCAUCUGCACCUGGAAUAUCACAGCCACCAAAGUAACAGCAAAUCAUACAGAUGUUACAACAUUUUGAAUGUGUGUCAACUCACGCUCAUUACAGUUUCUCAUGGUUUUGAUCUGUGUAUUGGCAAGGCCACAGGUUCAUGCAGCAUUUUCGACAUUUUUGCGUGUAUGAAACAUACCAUUCCACAACUGAACAAAGCUCUGUAAAUUCUUUACGUAGGCAAAACCUAAAUGUGAUGUGAAGCAUAAAUCUGCUGUACCAUUUUAUCAAGCAAGAGCAACUACUGAACACCAAAAAUAAGAAAUUGUACCAAAUAUGCAUUUAAAUGAUUCUGUAUAUCAGUAAAAAUUAUAUUUGAGUAUUCUACCUGAAUAUGUACUGUUAAUAAAGCUAAGGGAAAUGAAAAGGAUUAUUGUUUGGAAAAUGUUAAGCUUAAUUUAUCUAUUUACACUAUCCUUAGUAAAAUGAAAUUCACUUCAGCACAUAAUGGUGUCCUUUUGAUUAAGUCAUUGCCAUUAUAUUAAUUUCACUGUAUUAAAUGAAACAUUUUCGAGGCCAGCCAUUAAUUAUACAUUCUUGUAUGUUAAACCUGUCUUUGUCUUGCAUUCUUCCAACGUAUCAUCUGAUCAGCACUGUCAGCUGUGAAGGAACUUUAUUCCACUUGACCCAGUUAUUUUGAUUUUUUGAUGAUUGUAUUGAAGAUGGUUGUGGAGGGAUGUGACUAAUGCACUGUUGAAGAAACUAGAAUUAUCUUAAUCUGCAGAAUAUUCCUUUUGCAGGUUCUAGGAAUGUAUAUUUAUAUACGAGAGGGAUGAUAUUGAAAUGUUCUUUAUUCUGUGGUGGCCUCAGAAUUCUUUUCAUAUAUUGAAAGAGAAAUGCUGUGGGUUACGAGGUGAGAAAACUGUUGUGGUUCAUGCUGUGUAUUUGCAGUGGACGUGGCAUAUACAGCAAAUGUCUGGAAAUAACCUCGUAGAAAGUAUUUUUGUUAACUUGACUGGAAAAUAAACAUGGCUUAGCAGUUG